AUGAAAGUCGGAAAGUGAAUAAUUUGCAUUAGAAAUGGUGAAUGAUUGAUGCAACAAAAAGCAAAUUGAAGGAAACCGGAAGAAAAGGGAAAAGGCGAAGAUUUGAAUAUCAAAAUUUUCCAUUUCAACCAUUUCAAACGUCUGACGCCGAAUUGAAUAUGCUCCUAUUUCCCACCGAGACCAAAAUUCCAGUUGUGAUUCGUGUUGGUGAAGAAUUUCUUAGUUUUCUGACACAAUCCGGAGCUUGAAAGAGCAAAAGAAAAGAAUCCUUCAUCUUUUUCUUUACUGUUUUGGAUCCCUCAAUUCGUUUUCGUCAUUAUCUUAUCUUCAAUUGUUGUUUUUAGCAGUGCGAUACGAAAUGAUUCACAGGAAAUUGAAGUUCAACAACGUAGCAUGGGGAAUCAACCUCAGAUUCUUCGUCCUUCCUCUCAUUCCAUUGGCUCCCUUUCUGCAUUUGGUACUUUCUCUCUCUGGAAUUCAAUUUCUCUCUCCCGUACCCUCUUUUUCGCCGCUUUUUGGAUGUUUUCUUCUGUCGAGUGAACAAGUGGACUUCAUUGGUUUCACUUUUUCUUGCUGAAAUCUGCAAGAACUUUGCCAGAGGAAAAGAGAGAGAGAGAGUGUGUUGCACAUACCAAUUAACCCCGAAAAAUACCAAAUCCAAUACCCAACUCAGGGAUAUCUCUCCAUUUAUUGCGUUUGUUUUGGUGUUGAUUUGGUAUCCUUAUUUGGAAAUUGGACUCGACCCUCACUGGAUGGAUGCUAUGCAUUCUAUUUAUCCUGUCUGUGAUUUUCAAUGUUGUUUACAAACGAGUACAGGCUGCGCUACUAAAAGUUUUCGCGGCUCCCGUUUGUGGGAAUUUCAAGUUCUACUUCUUCCGUUUAGUGGAUAUCUCUUACUGGUUGGUCAGGAUGGAUUUUAUGAUGGAAGGUCGUGGGAGUUAUGGCGGUGGGUCAGGUGAUGAACAAGAAGCUUCUAAUGAUCGCAAGGGGAAAAAGACUUACCAUCGUCAUAAUCCUUACCAGAUUCAGCAACUUGAAUCAUUUUUCAGGGCAUGCCCACACCCUGAUGAAAAUCAGCGGCGCCAGCUGAGUCGAGAGCUUGGUCUUGAGACCAAACAGAUCAAAUUUUGGUUUCAAAACAAGAGGACUCAAACUAAGACUCAGAAUGAGCGAGCAGACAACUCUUCACUUCGGACAGAGAAUGAAAAGAUUCAAUGUGAAAAUCUUGCAAUUAGAGAAGCAUUGAGGAAUGUCAUCUGUCCAUCCUGUGGCGGUCCACCGUUUGGCGAAGAAGAACGGCAGCGCAAUCUCCAUAAACUGCGUCUUGAAAACGCUCACUUAAAAGAAGAGCAUGAAAAAGUGUCUAACCUUCUUGCCAAGUACAUUGGAAAACCGAUAUCACAACUUGAAUCACUAUUGCCUGUUCUUGGAUCUUCACUCGAUUUGUCACCGAGAAGUUCCCUUACCCAAAUAGUUCUAAGUCCUGCAGUGAAUCUUAUGUCUGAUCCUGUAAUAUUAGAUAGAACAGCAACACCUUAUCAAUCAAGAGGUAUUAAUGAUUUGGAAAACGCUCUCAUGAUGGAAACUGCUGCAACUGCCUUGGAAGAGUUAAUCAGACUUUUGAGGAUCGAUGAGCCUUUGUGGAUGAAGAUCCUCAAUGACGGGAGGGGUGUUCUUAAUCGUGACAGCUAUGAAAAAAUAUUUCCUAGACCCAAUCACUUCAAAUCUUCUAACGCUCGUACUGAAUCCUCGAAAGCUUCAGGAGUGGUGACAAUGAGUGCAAUGCAAUUGGUUGAUGCUUUUUUAGAUGCGGAUAAAUGGGCGGAUCUUUUUCCAACUGUCAUUAUAAAUGCAGAGACGUUUCAUAUUAUUGACCCCGGGAUGCCUGGAAAUCGCAGUGGCGCUUUGCAGUUGAUGUAUCAACAAAUGCACAUAUUUUCACCACUUGUGUCGCCUCGAGAUUUCUGCUUCCUUCGACAUUGUCAGCAGAUCGAGCAUGGUGUCUGGGUAAUAGUGGACGUUUCAUAUGAAUUUUUGAAGGAUUGUGUCACAUCUGCCCGCUGCUGGAGGCUUCCUUCUGGGUGCAUGAUUCAAGAAAUGCCCAAUGGUUGCUCUAAGGUUACCUGGGUCGAGCAUGUGGAAGUGGAUGAUAAAACACAAACCCACCGGCUAUAUCGGGAUCUUGUGUUCAAUACUACGGCAUAUGGAGCUGAACGAUGGGUUUUCACUCUUCAAAGGAUGUGUGAGAGAUUGGCUUACACAUUCAGGGAUUGUGCACCUAGCCAUGAACUUGGAGGAGUGUUAACUUCUAAUGAAGGUAGGAGGAGCAUCAUGAAGCUGUCACACAGAAUGGUAAAAAAUUUCUGUGGCGUACUGAGCAUGUCAGGUAAAUUAGAUUUCCCCCAGCUAUCCGAAGUGAACAACAGCGGUGUUCGAAUCUCUGUUCGGAUUAGCUCCGAGCUGGGGCAGCCCAGUGGGACAAUCGUUAGUGCAGCGACAUCCCUUUGGCUUCCCCUACAACCUGAAAGCAUCUUCAAUUUCUUCAAGGAUGAAAAGGCCAGAGUUCAGUGGGAUGUUCUGUCUAAUGGAAGCCCAGUACAUGAAAUUGCACACAUCUUAACAGGAGUUCAUCCCGGAAACUCGAUAUUGAUAAUUCGGCAGCCGUUCGUCCCUACUGAGAACAACAUGCUGAUUCUUCAAGAAAGCUGCAUAGAUCCACUAGGAUCCUUGGUCAUUUAUGCACCCAUCGACAUGCCUGCUAUGAACAUUGCAACAAGCGGUCAGGACCCAUCGGAGAUACUGAUACUUCCAUCGGGGUUCGUAAUCACGGGGGAUGGCCGUUCUCAUUCAGGAGUCGGAGCUUCAACCAGUGCAACCUCGGGGAGGCCGAGCGGGUCUCUGUUAACGGUAGCGUUCCAGAUAUUGGUGUCGAGUGUAUCGUCUUCAAAACAGCUGAAUGUGGAGUCUGUAGCAACAGUGAAUACUCUCAUCAGUGCCACAGUUCAGAGGAUAAAGGCUGCGUUGAAUUGCUCUGGCUUGGAUUGAUUUUUUUUUUGUGUUGUAGGAACUUGUUGGGCUAUUUUACAAGCAGGUCUUAGUUGCUUCUUUAAUUUUAGAACUUCACUGUUUCAUUAGAGUGAUUCUUUUCUUUGUAUUGUGACAAAUAUUAUAAUCAUUUUAUUAACAUUAUAAUUUGAAUGUUUA